AUGUCCAGCGCGAAGGAUCCACCUAAGCAAUUUUCAGAUCUUCCUACUGAAAUUCGUUGUUUGAUUUGGAAAUAUGCUUUACCGGAAAAGAGGAUACUUCCUUUCAGAAUCAGUAUACCAUGGCGGGAAAGACCAAGAGUCUUUCAGAUUCGUUCUUGUAAUAAUCUCCCUCCGCCAAAACUCUUACAGGUCUGCCAAGAAUCACGACAAGAGGCAUUGCGAUUUUAUCGUCUAGGAUUUUGGGAAAAGCCAGAAUAUUAUGGUCAAAUCGCUAAUGAAUGGUGGAAUCCAUCGAUGGAUAUCAUUUAUGUUCCAUAUUGGCUUCCAAACGGCCCCCCACCACCUCCAGGGACCGUAAUCACAACCGAUGAUGCGAAAAGUGCAAACUUGAAUCUUAUUCGCGAUGUUCGACAUUUCCAAGACCACAUGGCAGCCAUACAGCAUCUUGCACUCUCAACGAAGAGUGCAUCAAUUCGAUGGCAAUGGGAAGAUUGUAUGAAAAGUGGUGGAUCUUGGAACUGGUCACCUCUGGCGGGCUGGCUAUCUGGAUUCCCUCAUUUGAAGACCUUCACCUUGGUUGUCGAUUAUUCGACAUAUCGCUAUAGUGUACAGGGACCUCAAUGGCUUGAUCAUCCGGAGUUUGCGAUUGAAGGAAAAUGGCGGGAUCAUCCAUCAAGAUGCGAUAUGACACCAUCAAAAAUCAUCUCAGCAUUGGAACAUUCUUUUGAGCUUAUCAAGUCUGAGGAAACUGAUUCGAAUUGGAAGCCUCCGCGGGGUGUUUAUAGACCAGCAAUUGUAUUUAACUUAGAAUCUACAGGUGAAGAGCACCUGUAG